AUGACUGAAGCUGCAGAGGCGGGGAAAAGCAUUCGCUAUGCCCGUCGAGACUUCGCCAGUAGCAAGACAAGGAUGACUGCUAUCCGGAACCCGGAGCGAACAACCAUUGCAUCGAGAAGGGGGAUGGAGAAAAUCAUCUACGACUUCUACUCCGAUCUCUUCGACAGCCAAGUCCACUUGCCUCCCCACCAUCUGAGGGAAGACGGGCAUGUCAUUCCAGAGGUUCUCCCGUCCGAAAUACGACAUGCUAUCAUGUCGGUAAGAAAUCGUACGGCACCCGGUCCCGACAGAAUAAGACCAGAACAACUGAAGAACCUUCCGCCAGUACUCAUCAACACCCUGGCGAGGCUCUUUACACGUUACCUGUCGGAAUGCAAGGUUCCUAAACAGUGGAAGACCAGCAAGACCGUGUUGCUGUAUAAAAAGGGAGAUCCACAUGACAUCGGCAGCUAUCGCCCAAUCUGCUUACUGCCCGUCAUCUACAAGCUAUUUACAAGAGUGAUCCUUAAUAGGAUUGAGAAAGUAUUGGAUGAAGGACAGCCAUGCGAGCAAGCAGGGUUUCGAAAAGGAUUCAGCACGAUUGACCACAUUCACACUGCUUCGAAACUCAUCGAGGUAUCACGAGAGUACAAGAUGCCGCUCUGUCUCACCUUCAUCGACUUAAAGAAGGCCUUCGACUCAGUUGAGAAGGAAGCGGUCGUGGAAGCCUUGGACAAACAAGGCGUCCCCACUCGGUACAUAAAGGUACUUCUAGAGUUGUACAGUAACUUCACGGCCGGAAUUUCGCCAUUCUACAAGAAUAUCAUCAUUGACGUGAAGAGGGGGAUCCGACAGGGUGAUACAUUCUCACCCAAAAAUCACAGCCACCCUCGAGAACGCAAUGCGAAAGUUGGAAUGGCACGACAUGGGAGUGAUGGUUGA